CUGAUGGAUGACUCGCGCGAGCAAUUCAGACUCUGAAUCUCAAGCAUAGGCGUUUUGUUCACGAGAUCAUCCCUUCACCGCGAUCUGUUGAUCCGUCACGGAAUCUUCACCCCGACAGAGAGUACAGCAUCUUUUUACGAACUUGCAGUGGCUUACAAUCAGACCGGCAUGAUCUGACUGAAAAGGCUCUAGGUUAGAUCCGGUUGGGCGCAUUUGUCGCAUCUCACUUGCUUCAUCGCUUCUUUCACUGACGCUUACACAAACAUCCCAACCUCUCGCAACGAAAAAAAGGGCCCAGGCUGGGUGACCAAAACACCAAGGAGCAAACAAAACACCCGAUUCUCGAUAGGCAGGCACAUCCAGCGCGAUGGCUUCCGGCUACAGCUCAGACGAAGGUGAAAUUGUAGAGAACGGCGACCAUGGUGUGAAAAAGGCAACCACUCUGCCGCAUCGUGAGGGGGCCAGCGGUGUUGACCGUACCAAUAGAAAUCGAGGCAGGCCGUCCAGGUCUCCCGAACCCGGCUAUCGUUCCGGCUCUCCACGCGGCUCCAAGCGUGCCCGCGCUGACGACCGCGACUAUUACAAUGGAUCCAGGGGCGGCGGUGGUUCUGACCGCGACCCGCGCCGGUUUCGCGUCCACUACGAGGAGUCAUCGCGCCGCCGCGAUCGGCCUUCCCGCCAGUACGAGGACCUAGAUCGCCCAGGUGCCAGCGGCCCUCUCCCAUACGAUGACCGAGACUAUCGCUACGACGACAGAGAUGGUGACAAGUACCCGGACAAGCGUGCACGUCACCGCAGCAGAUCGCCGUACCGCUCUACGCGGGCUGAAAAUGGAGGACGUGAUAGGGGCAGCGGCAGAGGUGAUGGUCACCAUCGCGAUCGACAAUAUCAGGAUAGGGACCAGGCUGAGUCUAUCAAGUAUAGUGCCCACAAUGACAGACAGCCACGGGACGAAACCAUGUCCAAGCGGGCUCGUCCUGUGGCUGAUGAUAGUAGCCAGAGAAUGGUCCAUGCUAAAUCUGUUAAAGGUGUUGCCGAAGAGCAUAAAAACGGUGCUAAAGAUGACAAGAGAGACCCUGGCUCCAAGCAGUCCGAGUCUCAGGCCGAGGACUGGGAACCUCCGUCUGUCGUGGACGAAGAGGCUGAAAUCGAGCGUCGGAGACGGCGCCGUGAAGAGCUCCUCCGCAAGUCACGCGCCUCAACACCAAUGCAGCAGCAGCUUCUCGCUGCAUCUGCUGCCAAACUGGCCGUUUCGACGCCUGAAUCGACACAGGCCAACACGCCACAACGGACCGAAGUCAAUACGCCUCGCUCUGAUGCGGUAUCUCCUGAUCGGUCCCCUGCGCAAGCCAAUGAUGCUGGAACGCCGGAAGCUCUGGAUAUGUUUACUGAGCAGGAUUUGGUCAACACUCAUAACAAGGGCAAAUCCCUGGAUGAAGACGGCCCCUCGGCUGCCGACUAUGAUCCUACUGCUGACAGGAAAGAGGAUGAGCGCCGCGACGAAAUGCGACAUGGCAACGUAGGAUUGCACGGCGAAGGUCCUAACACCAAUAAUGCCUCGGCCCUUGGCAACGGAGAGGUCAUGGAACAGGAGACAGAUACCGGCGCCCCGAAAGCAGCUGACGACGAAGACGAUGACGACUUUGACAUGUUCUCCACGGCCCCGCCUGAGAGGUAUGUUGCACCCAAAAAGUCGGCUCAAGCGGCUGGUGCAGAAGAUGAAGCAGGUGCUACGCAGCUGGCGCAGGGCAAUGGUGGCGGUAUCCUUGAAGGCGACGACAAGGACGGCUACUACAAGAUCAGACCUGGAGAGAUCCUGGACGGCCGGUAUCAGAUCCAGUCGGCACUUGGCAAGGGAAUGUUCUCGGGUGUGGCGAGGGCAAUGGACAUAACGAACAAGAAGCUCGUUGCCAUCAAAAUAAUGCGCAACAACGACGCCCUACGAAAAGGAGGUUUUACUGAGAUCGCCAUCCUGCAGAAGCUCAACGAUGCGGAUCCUGAAAACAAGAAGCACAUUGUCAAGUUUGAGCGCUCUUUCGAGUACAAGGGCCAUUUGUGUAUGGCCUUUGAGAACUUGUCCCUCAACCUCAGAGAAGUGCUUAAAAAGUUUGGCAACAACGUUGGUAUCAACCUUCGGGGCGUUCGGGCUUAUGCAUACCAGAUAUUUUUGGCCCUGGGGCACAUGCGCAGGUGCAGCAUCAUACACGCCGAUCUAAAGCCAGACAACAUCUUGGUCAACGACCAACGUAAUGUGCUAAAGAUUUGUGAUUUGGGCACUGCGAUCGACAGAUCAGACGCGGCGACAGCACACAACGAGAUCACACCUUACCUCGUCAGUAGGUUCUACCGAGCGCCUGAGAUCAUUUUAGGAAUCCCAUACGACUAUGCCGCGGACAUGUGGUCGAUCGGCUGCACCUUGUACGAGAUGUACACGGGCAAGAUUCUCUUUACGGGUGACAGCAACAACCAGAUGCUUCGCGCCAUCAUGGAGAUCCGCGGCAAGAUGAGUAGAAAGCUUUAUCAAAGGGGUGAACUGUGGCAGAUGCACUUUGACGAGGUCGGCAACUUUUUCAGCCAAGAGAGGGACAAAGUCUUGGGCAAGACUACCGUCAGGACCCUGGCCGCCAUCAAGCCAACUCGCGAUCUGCGGACCCGUCUGCUGGCCGCGUCUGCUGGCAUGACGGAUACUGAGGCCAAGGAGCUUAACCUCUUCCACGACCUCUUGGAUCGCUGCCUCCACGUCAAUCCUGACAAGAGGAUCACUCCCGCUGACGCCCUGAAGCAUCCAUUCUUUACAGCUAGGUUGCAAACGACUGGUCGGCGUUGACGCGACCUACAAGCAUGCCGUUGAGGCUUGCUUGGGUGUGAAAAUAUAGAAUCAUAAUUAGAAAUACAGCCCCCACCGUCCGCGGCAUACACUACAGGUCUCGGCAAGCGAAGCUUGUUCGUCAAAGUUAAUGUAGCUGCGACGGCGCUGUCACGAACGACAUAGUGUGCUAUGGUACAAAUAUAGAUCUACGGGAAUAUGCAAUCCAAUCUCGAGCCGUGUGCUUGUUACCAGUGAGCAUGUAGCUGCCUUUGCCCCAUAUCUGCUCACGGUAUCGUCGUUUCUAUUAAUUCCCAGCUAGCAGGAAAGGAGAUGGCCUGAUGACCAAGGACAUCGGCGCUUGCUGAAACACGCAUAAAGCUGCCAUAAGCUAAAUUAAGAUGUUCGUCUCCAUGACGGGCGCUUGUUGUUAUUCC